AUGAUAUUCAAAGAUAAGAUAAGAUAAAAGUAUAAAAAAGAAAUAAAUUUAUUAAAAAAAAAGGAAUAAAAAACAAAAAUAAAUAAAAAAGAGUAAUUCUUUUAUACAAAAUGUAGUGAACUAAAAUUAAGAUUAAUGGAAGGUUGAGU